GUUUAUUCAUGAGGAGGCAGCGGCGAGGAGGAACUGGCUGCCGCUGGUUCUGCACAGCGAUACACACUCUCUCAUAAAUAGCUACCUACCGAGCGGAGGAACACAAAGAGCUGCUCUCCCGGUUCAAAGCUGAAGACGAACGGAGUCAGGUCCUUUAGAAGAGGAGCUUGGACGGCAUGCAAAGUUGUGAAAUAUCUUCAGACAGCACUGAUGAUCCUCUUAGUAGCGGCUUUCGCAGGCAUCAACAACCGCGGAUAGUAGUAAUUGGUGCGGGCUUGGCCGGCCUAGCAGCCACCAAAACCCUUCUGGAGAACGGCUUCACCAAUGUCACCGUGCUAGAGGCCUCGGACCGAAUCGGAGGCAGAGUGCUUAGUGUUCAAUUCGGUAAAGCCACUUUGGAACUUGGAGCCACCUGGAUCCAUGGCGCUAACGGGAACCCCGUCUACCACCUGGCUGAGGACAAUGGGCUGCUGGAGCACACUACUGAGGAGGAGUGCAGCGUGGGCCGCAUCAGCCUCUACGCCAAGAACGGCGUGGCUCACUACCAGACCAACAGUGGCAAGCGCAUCCCCAAGGACCUGGUGGAGGAGUUCAGCGACCUGUACAACGAGGUGUACGAGUUGACUCAGGAGUUUUUCCAGAAUGGAAAGCCAGUGGGUGCUGAGACGAAGAACAGCGUGGGAAUCUUUACCCGGGAUCUGGUACGAAAGAAGAUCAUGCUGGACCCUGACGACUCAGAAAGCACCAAGAAGCUCAAGCUAUCCAUGCUGCAGCAGUAUCUUAAGGUGGAGAGCUGUGAGAGCAGUUCCCCCAACAUGGACGAGGUGUCUCUGAGCGAGUUCGGGGAGUGGACAGAGAUUCCUGGCGCUCACCACGUCAUCCCAGCCGGCUUCAUCAAAGUAAUAGAGCUGCUCUCCCAGGACAUCCCAGGCCGUGUUCUCCACGUGAACAAACCCGUUCGCCGCAUUCACUGGAACUACAGCUGCCCUGACGCUGAAGACUCCGAUGGCGCCGACCACAACCAGGACCAGCGCCCGGGUCCGGCUCCGGUACGUGUGGAGUGCGAGGACGGCGAGUGGCUCGCCGCUGACCACGUGAUUCUGACCGCUUCAUUGGGCGUACUCAAGAAGGCCCACGAGACUCUGUUCUCUCCAAGCCUGCCCCUGGACAAGGCGCUGGCAGUGCAGAAGCUGGGCAUCAGCACCACGGACAAGAUCUUCCUGGAGUUUGCUGAGCCCUUCUGGAGCCCCGAGUGCAACAGCAUCCAGUUUGUGUGGGAGGACGAGGCGCAGCUGGAGAGCCCGGCGUAUCCGGAUGAGCUCUGGUACCGCAAGAUCUGCAGCUUCGAUGUGCUCUACCCACCUGAGCGCUAUGGCCACAUGCUCAGCGGCUGGAUCUGCGGCGACGAGGCACUGCGUAUGGAGCGCUGUGAUGAUGAGACCGUGGCUGAGAUCUGCACCGAGCUGCUCCGCAAGUUCACAGGGAACCAAAACAUUCCAAAGCCACGGCGGAUCCUGCGCUCGGCAUGGGGCAGUAACCCCUAUAUCAGGGGAUCGUACUCAUUUACUCGUGUGGGCUCCAGUGGAGGAGACGUGGAGCAGCUGGCUGAGCCCCUGCCCUACAACAAGAGUACCAAGGCUCCGCCUUUACAGGUGCUUUUUGCGGGUGAGGCCACACACAGGAAAUACUAUUCCACAACCCAUGGUGCUUUGCUGUCAGGCCAGAGGGAGGCGAACCGGCUGAUUGAUCUGUACCAUGACCUCUUCAAUGCAGAAACCACAAAGCCUAACAUGUAAAAUAACGUUGAGUUAAUAAAUAAAUGAAUAAAAGAACCACUAACUAGUGAUACAUAUGUGUUUUAUGCUAUCUGUAUUCUAAAUGAUCAUGUAUAAAAACUAGUAGGGCAUUAAACCAAUAACAAACAAAAAAAAAUCUCUUUUUACUGUAUGUAGAUUUAGACUUAUUUAGAGAUAUUACUUGAGAUGUACUGUAUAAGGCUGCCAAGUCUGCUGCCAUCUUUGGUUCUUAUCUUUCUCUGAUUGUUUGUUUUUUAAUCAAUAAGUUAUAUGUUUAUAACACGUCUGUAAUUUAACUUUUUGUAAGUGCCUUCUGUAUUUAAUUGUGUCAUUUAAAAAUGAAACAAAACCAAGUGGCAAUGAAUAAAGUGUUUAUUAAUGUGAA